UUUCCUCCAUUUUUCAUUCUGGGAUUUAUCUUGCUAAACAGUUUGAAAAAUGGGGGAAUAAAAUCUGCUUCUAUUUUCAUGAGACCUGUGUUUAAUUUUCGAAGUCAAGCCCAGUUUUACAAAACAAAAAAUAUUUUUUACCAUGACACAUGAAAGAGGUUCGAGGUUAUAGUUGUCUGCUAGCCCACCCAAUCAUUGCUAGCUAUUAUUGUUCUGUUUUCGACAUGAUGGGUUUGGAAAAAUCGGUUGCAUUUUAGUUUUAGUGCGGCAUUUUAAAGGAUGCUUAAAGGGGUUAACAUGGUAGUUUGUUGGCGGUCAAUGGUGGCUCAAGUGUAACGUGGCACUGUGGAGUAAAAGGGAGGAAAGGUCUAAAACAAAUUUGAAAAAGUUGGGAGAUGGGCUUCUUAGUUAUAUUUUUCUAAUUGUUUUGGUGUAAUGUUCUAUUUGUUUCAGAUUUGUUUUGUUUUGAACUUGGUAGGUGGUAGUGGAGUUAGUUUACUUGGAGUUUCUUUGAAGGGAUUAUGUGCGGUUUGUUUGUUGGGUUUUUUGUUGAAUGCUGAUCCCAGGUGGUCAUCUAAUGUAAAGUGCAAAGUGCAAACCAUAAACCAUUGUCUCUUCUCUCUGUUAUAAAUCAAAUUCCUUAUUGUCUUUGUUUCUUUAUCAGAUUCCUAUUGCAGGAAGUGUGGGUCAGGGCUUUCAAGGAGAGGUUCUUUAACUCACACCUGAUCUUAGAGUAUGCAGACACCAAAAGCAAGCAGAGCUGGUUCUUCAGAAGUGCCAAGAAAAUGUCCAGCAUCUCCUCAGACUGCAAGAAAAAUGAAGACGCCAGGCUCUGACACUGACUCAGUCUCAUCAUCUCCAAAACCAGCUAGUAAGACACCUAAAAACAAAAGUCCAAAGGUCACAGAGCGCAAGUCACCACGAAGUCCAGUAUCCGAGAAGAAACCAAGUAGGGUUCAAGAAUUGGAGUCUCAGCUUGCUCAACUUGAAGAAGAUCUGAAGAGAACCAAGGACCAACUUAACUCCUCUGAGUCAUGGAAGAAGAGAGCUCAGCAGGAGGCUGAAGAAGCAAAGAAGCAGCUUCUGGUCAUGUCAAAAGAGCUUGAAGAAUCCCAGCAACAGCUUCUGGAACUAUCUGCUUCUGAAGAGGAACGGCUUCAAGAACUCCGCAAGAUUUCUCAAGAUCGAGAUCGGGAAUGGCAAUCUGAGCUGGAGGCUGUCCAGAAGCAGCACUCAAUGGAUUCAACUGCGCUGGUGUCUGCCAUGAGUGAAAUCCAGAAACUGAAAAUUCAACUUGAAAGAGUGCGUGAAUCUGAAGCUGUUCAUAUUAGCAAUGCUGAGUCAGAUAAUGCUGAGAUUGAGGAUUUGAAGAUGGAGCUUGAUGAAGCCCUCACUCUAGUGGAAAAGCUGAAAAGUGAGUUGAGUGAUUGCAAGGAAUCUGAAUCCCGGGCUUUGGAAGUAGUUGGAAAAACUCAAAUGCAAUUAGAAUCAGCAAACAAAACCGUGGAAACAGUCCAGUUAGAAGGUGUUAAAACAUUAGAAGCUUAUAAAGCCUUAGCUUUAGAGUUGGAACAAUCAAGAGAGCAAGUGAAAUCAUUGGAGGAACUUGUCAGCAAACUUCAGACUGAUUUGGUUGCUCCUGCAAACAAAAAUACGUCUGAUCCAGUCAAUGAAGUAGAACACGAACUAGCACAAAAAAAUGCAGAAAGUGAGGAUAUAAGCCAGCUCAAAGCUGAGCUUGUUUCUGCCAAAUCUGAAGCAGCACAGUUAAAGUCUGCACUUGAUGUUUCUGAGAUACGGUACCAAGAAGAGUAUAUUCGAAGCACGUUGCAGAUUAGAAGUGCUUUUGAACAACUGGAGCAUGUAAAAUCAGAAUCUUCUCAGAGACAGAUUGUGCUAAAUGAGGAAUUGAAGAAGGCUAAAGCUGAUAUUGAAGAGUUAAGGGAAAGGCUGAUGGACAAGGAAUCUCAGUUGCAGGGUUUAUCUGUGGAUAAUGAGAUGCUCCUGUCAAGGAUUAAGCAAAGCCAGCCUAGUGAAACGGAAUCUGAAGCUGUGGUGGAGCUCAAAAAAUUGGAUGCUGAUGUAAUUGAGUUGAAGGAAAGAUUAUUGGAGAGAGAGACAGAACUACAAAAUGUAACUGAGGAAAACAAUGCAUUGAAGAUGGAAAUAAAGAGGGUGGAAUUAGAGAAGAGUAAAAUCCCUGGAGAGGCUGUUGCUUCUGCUGAAGCAGCAAGGGCUGAGGCAUUGAUGAAACUUGACCACAUAACCGAAGAAGCUGAUAAGAGUAACAAAAGAGUAACACAGGUAACUGAGCAGUUAGAUGCAGCACAGGCUGCAAAUUCUGAGUUAGAGGCUGAACUGAGAAGGUUGAAAGUGCAGUCAGAUCAGUGGAGAAAAGCUGCUGAAGCAGCUGCUGCUAUGAUUUCUGCUGGGAACAAUGGAAAGUUUGUGGAGAGAACUGGCUCACUUGACAGUAGCUACAAUACUAUUAGUGCUAAGAUGAGUUCUCCUUAUUCAGAAGACACAGAUGAUGAUUCACCCAAGAAGAAAAAUACCAACAUGCUGAAGAAGAUUGGAGUAUUGUGGAAGAAGAAUCAUUAAUGUAUAUGCUGGUAUUCUGUGGUAUGUUCACCAUUAAGCAAUCCUUGGGGGACAUUUUCCGUAAGAAGAUAUCGUAACACUAUUUUGAGGUUAAGGAUUUGGAGUAAUAUUUUGAAGUUGCUGAGAUUUAGAAGUUCCAAUUACUUGCUGCUUGCUAUGGCUUUGUAAUUGUGCAGUGAGUGUUCAUAAUAUAGACCAGUCUUACGUGUACUUGUUCUUUCUACAAAUUUUCAUGUUAUCACAUUCCUAGACCUAGUAAGUAUUAGUGUAACAAACCCAACUCUAGGGUGAAAGUUGUUUCAAUCUUGUUACCUGAGACUUGUUAUUUCAAUAUUGUUGGUGGCAUCUAGCA